GACCACUUAAAUAAAUAUUAAUUAUAUACGUCACUUUUAACUUUAAAUAUUUAUGUAACUACUUCCGCAGAAUUUUAGAUUAAUUUUUCGCGUUGAUAAUGCGUUACUUUUUUACUUCCAUCGAACUUUUCUGCUUUAUUUUGACUAUGGUAGUAUGAUAAUGAUACAUAAUAAUGAUAGGCAUAGGCAAAAAAUACAUGUUUGAUGGUUAGAGCACUACACGCUUGUAAAUGAAUUUUAUUAUUGUAUCGUUUUUUAUUAAAGAAAUUCAGUAACAAUGAAUUCCAAUAAUUAUGAAGUUAAAGUAAUUAAUGAAGAAAAGGGAAAAGGACUUUUUGCAAUUUGUCCUCUUAAAGAUGGGGAUACAAUUUUGAUGGAGAAACCUAUAGUCUGUUGUCAAUUCUCUUGGAAUUUAGAGUAUGGAUAUUUAGCUUGCGACAAUUGCUUAAGACCUUUAGAAACUGCUGAAGAAAAUGUACAUAGAUUAACUGGAAAUUCAACAAUUAUUUUACCUCAUGUAGAAUGUUGUGAAACAAAAAAAGAAUUAAUCACAGAAUGUUCUGAAUGUGGUACAAAAUAUUGCAGUAUUGAAUGUCAAAAUGAAGCCUACACAAGAUAUCACUGUACAUUAUGUCUACAUUCAAGAGAGAAAGAUGAAUCACAUCCCUUUGUGCAAUUAAAUGAGACUUGGAAGCAAAUGCAUUAUCCACCGGAAUCAGGAACAAUAAUGUUACCAGCUAGAAUGGUAGCUAUAGUUAACCAAGCUGAUAACAAAGAGGAAGUCCUUUCUACAUUUUCACAAUUUUGUCAUUGUGCAAUCAAUGAAGUACAUGAAAUUACACACAAGCUAUUAGAGGAAAAAUUUAUUGGUCAGAUCGAUGUACUUAGAGAAACAAUGCAGAAAGCCCUGGAUACAAAAUUUACAUCUAAUUGGUUUACGCCAAACGGGUUUAGGAGUUUAUUAGCCCUCAUAGGUACAAAUGGACAAGGAAUCGGUACUAGCGCAUUUAGUGUAUGGGUCAAAAAUGUGUCUGCAUUAGAUCUACCAAGAGAUGAAAGAAUAUACGUGGAUAAAUUAAUAGAUCGCAUUUACUCCGAAAUGGAUGAAGCUGUAGGUGUUUUUCUAAAUAACGAAGGUUCUGGUCUAUAUGUUCUUCAAUCAGCGGUAAAUCAUAGCUGUGUACCAAACGCAAUUGUAGAAUUUCCUUACUCGAAUAAUGUAUUAGUUUUAAAAGCAAUUCGCGAUAUUCAACCUGAAGAGGAAAUAUGUAUAAGUUACCUUGACGAGUGUGAUCUAGAAAGAAGUAGAUACUCUAGACAAGAAGCUUUACGCUCUUUGUAUUUAUUUGUUUGUCGUUGCGAUAAAUGUUUGUCGCAAGCUAACGAUCCAGAUGUCACAUCAGAAGAUGAAUUAGACGAUGACAUGUCGAGUUAAACUGGACAAAUGCUUCAUUCACCUAUAUUACAUUAAUAUAAUAUAAUAUUACAAGUAAUAAAAGUACACAAUUUUUAUA